AUGCCUCUGCAAAUCAGCUCUUUAGCAGCAAAAGAGCCUUCGCGACAGGAUGCUCUUAGCGCGUCUGCUUGCCCUACUUCGGCAGGACGCAAGUUUUGCAUUCUCGAUUGUUUGCCAGCAUUCUUCUCCAUCUCCACGUGUGCAUACAAAGCAUACUUUUGUCAAUGCAAUAACACAAAUCUGUUCCAUUGUUCAAUCCAGGUCGCGCGAGUCUGUGUCGUCGCCGAGCCCGCCUACCAACAAGAACCGGCCAGUCUUGCCCAUUCACUGCCAUUGAAGACUUCUCCAGACUUUCGGACUUUGUCUGAGGCCACCGACACUCGGGCCGCCUUUAAGAUCUCGCUCUGGCUGAAUCGACUGCAUCUGCUCCUCUUCAGCCUCAUUCCGUACACCGUCACGAUCGUAUGCAACCUGAUCCUCAUUCAUCAUCUGAGUCCCUGCGCCUGGCUGCACAGACGGCCUCAUCCCAAGCAGACGACCCGGCCGGCCAGUGCUUCUGCCAGCCUCCACCUCUCGGCAGGUCAUCGCAUCACACCCAAACCCAAACUGACCGAACUGUCGCUAAGCAGACGCUGCGAGUCCAAUCGACCGUCAAACGGAGACAAACAACGGGCCGUCUCUCAACCCAGCACAUCCCGUAUCUGCGCUUCGUCUCUCUUUUCUUCCGCUCCAUUUUUUUCCACCUCUCUCUCCAUCCCUCAUUCCUCCUCCUCCUCCUCCUCCUCCUCCUCCUCCUCUUCAGUCGCAGCUUCAUCAGCAUCCUCUUCCUCCUCGUCGUCGUCGCCGUCGUCGUCGACAUGUCCGCAAUCUCUACCUUCUCCGAAAUUAUCAAACCCACUAUUUGCAUUUCUGCUGAAGCCCAAGUGCAAUUUCCACGUGGAAAGAGGGCAGCAAUCGUUGCAAAGCCCGAGUUUGGCAAAUUCCACCUCGAAAAUGUUGGACCGAUUCCCCAUUUGCUCGAGUCGCAAGUGUCAGGACGUCUUUCACGCCACAACGCGAAAGCUCGCCUCGCCCAAGCCGACGCGAAGACAGCGAUUGUCCGCAUCUGCACGGACGCCCAGUCCUUCCGAGUCUGUUUUGUCGUCUGGACAGAAGAGCCUCCUCGAGACGGGGUGCCAUGAGACGGGCGGCUGGCGCGAGAACAGGUACAGGUCCGGCCGAGUGUCCGAGAGAAAGCGCGGCAACGACAACAAGGCGCCUGUGAGCAGAGGCGAGAUUGUGGAGAAGCCGACCUCGACUGGUACAGCAAAUCUCGAUCGCCAGCCUUCGAGCAGCCAUCCUGCACCAGCGAUGGCAGUAGCCGCAAGCAGACAAACGGGGCUCGAGUCGGCGGUGCCCAAGUCCGGGCGUCGAAGUUGGCGCAAUUGGGCAUGUCAGCGCAUGUUGGUCGGACACGAAUUGGCCGUCGCCAAGCGCUGCGACCCAAUGUCCAUUCCAAUCGCUCCAAUCGCUCCAAUCGAGCCAAAUAAGCCGACGCCGUGCCUCGCGUCGCCGCGCCAGACCAGGACAACCUGUCUCCUGCUCUUGGUCACCUUCUCCUUCAUCGGACUUACGCUGCCCUACGCGAUCGUCCACGAGCUGAAGGAGGCAAGUGCACUAACGCCUCUGCUCCCCAUUUCCCAUUCUACUUUCUCCACUUCUCACUUGGCACCACCUUUGGCGGUAGCAGAUCAUGCCUGCUACACCUAA